CGUGGUAGAGCGACACGCCAGGAGGAGCACUUCCGGCGCUGCGCCCAGGAAGCGGAAGUGAGACUUCCUGGCUGACGGACUAGGUGUGUUACUCGGCUGUCCUGGAAUAUAGGAAAGUCGCUGUCGCUUCACUUUCGCUGGCUUUCGAGCGCUUCCCCCCUGGCGGGUGGGAGUGCAGAGACUUAAGCGCAAGAUGAGCACUAUGUUCGCAGACACGCUGCUCAUCGUGUUUAUCUCCGUGUGCACGGCUCUGCUCGCCGAAGGUAUAACCUGGGUCCUGGUUUACAGGACAGACAAGUACAAGAGACUGAAGGCAGAAGUGGAAAAACAGAGUAAAAAAUUGGAAAAGAAGAAGGAAACAAUAACAGAGUCAGCUGGUCGACAACAAAAAAAGAAAAUCGAGCGGCAAGAAGAGAAACUGAAGAAUAAUAACAGGGAUCUAUCAAUGGUUCGAAUGAAAUCCAUGUUUGCAAUUGGCUUUUGUUUUACUGCCCUAAUGGGAAUGUUUAAUUCUAUAUUUGAUGGUAGAGUGGUGGCAAAGCUCCCUUUCACCCCCCUUUCCUACAUCCAAGGACUGUCUCAUCGAAAUCUGCUGGGGGAUGACACCACAGACUGUUCCUUCAUCUUCUUGUAUAUUCUCUGUACCAUGUCAAUUCGACAGAACAUCCAGAAGAUCCUUGGCCUUGCCCCUUCACGAGCCGCCACCAAGCAGGCAGGUGGAUUUCUUGGCCCUCCACCUCCUUCUGGGAAAUUCUCUUGAAUUUAAGAAGAACCCUAUAAUGCCUGUCAUUCUUUUUAGACACUCAAAUCAGACCGGCAGCUAUUUUGUAGCAAGAACCAUAGGCAGCCUUAACACUUGGGUCACUUUCUAAUUUUGAGUUAUUUCUAGGUUUUUUUGGAUAUGAUUCGAAUGAGAAUGGCACUCAACAAACAUGAUAGUGCUUUUGGUCACAGAUUAAUUUUUCUUAAACAAGUGUUUUGAUUAGAUAAGCACAGGUAAUGUUUAUAUUUGCUUACACAAAUAUUUCUGUGGGAUCAACUUUCAAGUGUGUGCUGUGUGCCAUGUACCAUGGAAGUUGGCUCUCUAUGAGCAUUUAGAGAUUUAGUUUAUGUAACUCUUAUUUGGAACUAUUUGUUGUGUGUUUUUUUCAACCCAAAUAUAUGACCUGAGAUCAAUAAAAGAGGCCAAAAUGUUAGCUAUUUCAUCUACAA